CUCCCUUACACACACACAAAGCCCAGGCGCGCACCAAGCUCUACAAAUUCCAGAGGAAGCCCAGCAGUGAAUUGCAUUCUCGGUUGCACCGCCUAUAUAGGGAUUGUCUCCCUUUUGCUGGGAAGGAGAGGAAGACCUGCGAGGGGGCGGGUAGCAAAGACCCCUGAGCUGGAAAGAAGGGGCGUCAAGAGGACGCGGGGGUAGGGAGGGGAGGAGACGGCCCAGCAAGCCCUGCUCUUCCUCCUCCUCCUCCUCCUCCUCGGAUCAGGGACCAAUAAAGCCGCUGCAGAGCAGGGCGUCCGGCAGAGAAAGGGUUAAGCCGGAUCCGCUCGGACCGAUCCCUUCCCCGGCGAGGCUGCGGGACCGACUGCAGCAAGCAGAAGGACUGGGCGGCCGCCUCCCCCGCAGCCCCAGCUUCAGCCUCCGCUCAGCCCUUCGGAUGCUUUCCAAGCCUGCUCUCUUAAGGGCACGAGCCGGAGGUCCCUUUCGCUCUUCUCUCGCCGCGCGGCUGGCUCUCCUUUACGGCCGCCUGGUCUUGAAUCCCGGGAGCGCCUCUUAAAAGAGCGGCGAUGGCCACCAAGAUCGACAAAGAAGCCUGCCGAAGGGCCUACAACCUGGUGAGGGAUGACAGCACGGGAGUGAACUGGGUGACAUUUAAGUACGACGGCUCCACCAUCAUCCCAGGACACAACGGGGCGGAUUACGAAGAAUUUAUACGUCAGUGUACAGAUGACAUUCGGUUGUUUGGCUUCAUCCGGUUCACCACUGGAGACACCAUGAGCAAGCGAGUCAAGUUUGCCCUGAUCACCUGGAUAGGGGAGAACGUCAGUGGCCUUCAGAGAGCUAAAACAGGGACCGAUAAGACCCUCGUGAAAGAAGUUGUACAGAAUUUCGCCAAAGAGUUUGUGAUCAGCGAUCACAAGGAACUGGAUGAAGAUUACAUCAAGGGUGAAUUGAAGAAAGCUGGAGGGGCGAAUUAUGACGCUCAGGCAGAAUAAACCCGGAAGAGGAACACACCGUGCCUCCUGCAGCCACCUGAAUAGAUGUGCCACCCAAGGAGGCGGGAAAGCACAAUUUAUCUGUGAAAACAAAACUGGAAGAUAAUUUGAGGCAAGUGUGAGAACGAAGCUGCUUCAUUUAAGGCUCCUCGGAAGCCUGUUCCUAUCUCCAGAAGUGGACCUCAGUUUUUUUCUCCCCCAUUUCAUCCACCAAACCAGCUCCUUUUCGUGUUUUUUUUCCUUUCUCUCUCUCUCUAAGUUCUUCCUUUAACCGCUGUCUUUCUCAUUUUAACAAAUAUUAUGUAGGUACCUGGCUCCAUAGGAAAUUGGCCAUUAAGUCACGGUGUUGGCUGAAGGCUUCUUGAGAGCUUUAGAUCUUUCCAUGAAGUUCGGUCAGUCUAGAUAGAACAGAGGUCUUCAAACUUGGCAGCUUUAAGACUUGUGGACGUCAACUCCCAGAAUUCUCCAGCCAGCAUAGCAAUGCUGGCUGGAGAAUUCUGGAAGUUGACGUCCACAAGUCUUAAAGCUGCCAAGUUUGAAGACCUCUGGUCUAGAAAGUCUCCAAGGAUGAACCACGAAUUCAUUCUUGACAGCUGUCUUCCCUCACUGACCAACAAAAGGGCUUACAACGUGCACAAUGAGUUACGCCGCCCACGAAUCACAUGCUUUCUUCUGAAAGUCAUCUCUGGUGGGUUUGGAUGAGAUUUGCAAUCUUCUCCACGCCACUGGAGGGUUUUUACUUCUAGGUGGUUUAAAAAAAAGAGAAAAAAAAGCACAAAAUUGCUGUUUCCCCUCGCCCCCAAAUAAUAAUAGUAGCCAAAGGGCUGUGACCUGAGACCUCCCCAAGGCUAAACACAGCUCUCUAAAGUUACUACAGGGUCAAGACUGUUAACGGGGUAGAAGGAAGAAGGUGAAAUACAGGGUGAAUUAUGAGACGGGUGGUAUUUGAUUCACUGAAAUGAAAUCCUAUUUAAAUCGGGCCAGCCUCUUUGGCCAGGCACCAGUUAGUAGUAGAAGGGUGAGCACUGAUCUACUAUUCAAAACCAGAUGUGGGCCUUGAUUGAAACAAGUCAUGCAUUUGCGGGACAUAAAAGUUCCUUUAUUCCACAUAAGCAAACUUAUUUACUCAGAGCUCUGUUUCCAGAAGGUUUGGUUCUUCAGUUAGGUAUGUGCCAGAUUGUGGGGUGUUGUUUUUUUUGUUUUUUGUUUUUACCAUUGUGCUUAAAAAUAAUUUCCGUAUGCCCAAUGGAACUUUGUCACAAAAAGCUGUGCGGAGCGUUGCAGCCUCCAGUUACAAUUGUGUGUACAUUUCCCUAGGAGUAAGAAGUGUUGCACACACAAUGAAUUUCUAAACAUGCGUGUGUGGGUGGAAGGUUGGAGGGGAUUUGGGGUGAGUAGUGAAUGUGUUUGUUUGCAGCCCCUGCAAAUCCACGCAUGCUGACGUCACUAAAGGUCAAAGAGAAGCUGAAAUAUUUGGCAUUAAACAGCCAUCGAGGGGAAACAUAAUCUUCUAUUUCGGUUUUUUUAUGGAAUACAAAGGAAUAUAAUUUGCCUUAAAGGAACAGCUUGGUUUUGCAUCAUAUGAUCUUUCUCUUUCUUUCUUUCUUUCUUUUCUUUCUUUCUUUCUUUCUUUCUUUCUUUCUUUCUUUCUUUCUUUCUUUCUUUCUUUCUUUUUCUUUCUUUCUUUCCCUCCCUCCCUCCUUUCUCUUUCUUUCUCUUUCUUUUUCUUUUUUUCUUUUUCUUUGUUUUGAAAACGUUGCUGUAAAGACCAGUAAAUAAGGGAGAAAACAAAAGGUCUCCUUUUCUGAUUGUACUGUUUUGUACCGUCAUUGUUCUUUUUUUAUUAUUAUUAUUGUUGUUAUUAUUUCUGCCUUUGUACCCUGAAUGUGUAAGAUGAUUGCUGGUGAGACUUGUAAAACAAUUAUAUAGCAGACCUGGAUUGCA